AUGGGUGUGCAUUCGUUAUGGACCAUACUUGGCCCUACUGCACGACCGGUGAAGCUAGAGUCACUUCUGAGAAAGAAACUUGCGGUUGACGGGUCGAUUUGGAUCUACCAAUUCCUCAAGGCAGUACGGGAUGAUAAAGGCGAUGUUCUACCCCAUGCCCAUAUUGUAGGGUUUUUCCGAAGGAUCUGCAAGUUGUUAUAUCAUGGGAUUUAUCCGAUACUUGUAUUUGACGGAGGGGCACCGGCAUUGAAGCGGGAUACCAUUCGGAAGCGUCAAGACAGACGACUGGGGAACCGUGAUACGGUUAACACCGCAGCUAAGAAGUUAUUGGCCAUACAACUUCGACGGCUUGCCACUGGAGGCGGAGAUAAGGGAAGGAAGAGGAAGGCAGUUGUCAUAGACAAUAAUGUGGAUAUUGAUGAAGAUGAUAGUGACUCUGACCAGGUUUACUUUGAAGAUCUACAGAACUUGAACAUGGAGAAGAACUACGAAAGAACUAAACCAUUUAGAAGAGAAGAUGAUUAUCAUUUACCAGGUCUAAGGUCGUUUAAAGUUUCAACUAACGAUACCAGAAUCUUACCGGGGCAAGAAUAUGACGAGAAUGGCAAUUUUGAUUUUGAUAUGGUUGAUGGUAUUGACAUUAACACCAUUGAUCCUUCGUCUAAGCAGUUUCAUGCCCUUCCCAAGGCGACCCAAUAUAUGAUCUUAUCACAUUUGCGACUCAAGUCCAGGUUGCGGAUGGGUUUUGAUAAGGACCAAUUGGAGACGAUGUUUCCCGACGAGAUGGAGUUUUCCAAGUUUCAAAUCAACCAGGUGCAGAAGAGAAACUUCUUCACCCAACGACUCAUGGAGAUCAGUGGGAUGGGAGACGAUGGCAAUGUGACUAAACGAGUAGCUGGGGAAAAGGAUCGAGAGUAUUCUUUGGUCAGAAACGAUGACGGUUGGACGUUGUCGUUGGUUAAAGAUCAUGAAGGUUCGACUCUGGAUAAGCCAAUUACUCUUGAAGAAGAUGAAGGCAGUAAGCAAGGUUUAUUUAAGAAGAGGAAAAUACAAACUCAUGAUUCUGAUGACGACGACAGUCUUUCUGAUUUUGAUGAGGUUCCACUUGUCACAAAGCCAGAGCCAGUUGAACACAGAGAAGAACAAGAGCAGUUUCUCAAGUCCUUAUACGAUAAAUAUGAGGUACCCAAGAUUGAACGACCUUCCAGUGCACCAAUUUGUGAGGUCAAGGACGGUUUUUCUUUUUCACAAUCUCUAUUGGCUGGUCCAAUAGAGACUGAAGUUGCGGUAGCAGAAGAGGUUACGUUGCAAGAUGAUGUAUUGGGUGAUGGUAAGAGAUCGAGUGAUAUUAAGAGAUCGAGUUCUACUGAGAGAUUGACUGCUACAAGAUCGACUGCUAUCAACAGCCCACGGGCUCCUGUGACGGGUUCCAAUAACAUCCUGAAGGAACAGAUUAAGAGCAGUGAAAGUGCAAAAAGUCAGAUCCUGAAUCACCCUACAACCGAACCUUCCAAUUAUGCACCCCUGGUGAAAGAGUUUAAGUCUGCUAGUGGUACCAAUGGACAGGCUGAUGGUGAUAAGUCUGUUGUUGUCACUAUUUCAGAGGUCAAAGUAGCAGCAGAGGAUGAAGAGUCUGGUGACGAUGGCCAGGAUGAAGAGCAAUUGCGGAGGAUCAAGCAAAGUGAACAAAAUCAAUUACCCCAAUGGUUUAAAGAGGAUUUCACAAUCACCAAUCCGCAUCAAGAAGUUGCUUAUUAUAAAGAAACAAUUAUAGAUGAAGAUAAAGAACUUAAAGACGAACUUAUACCCUGGAAGGAAGCCCAAACGAUGCUUGAAAAGGCAGAAAGCUCCGAUGAAAGUGAUGUUUAUGAUGUUCAAGAGAUCCAAGAUCCAUCUAAAAUUGUUGUACCUGAACAUGUGAUAUCCAUUGAAGAAGCGUCUUCAGGUCGAAAGCCGAUGGUAUUUGACUACGACUUUGAAGAAGAUGAAGAGUUGGAUCUUGUUAGACAAAUGAACUCUGAAGAAGCAGAUCAUGAGAAGUUUAGGCAAGAACUUGCAGGGAAUGAGAGUUUGAAUCAUGAAAGUAUCAAUUCUGUUGUUACUGAUGAGCAAUUACUUCAAGAACAACUUCAAAAGGCAAAGAGAGAUUCUGAUGAGGUCACGGACACAAUGAUUAAAGGAGUACAAGAGCUUUUAAGAAGAUUUGGUAUUCCAUAUAUAACAGCACCAAUGGAAGCCGAGGCACAAUGUGCUGAAUUGCUUAAACUAAAACUAGUGGAUGGUAUCAUUACGGAUGAUAGUGAUUGUUUUUUAUUUGGAGGAGAUAGGAUCUAUAAGAACAUGUUUAACCAGAAACAAUACGUGGAGUGCUACCAGAUGGCAGAUAUUGAGGGACAAUUAGGUUUAACUCAAGAGAGACUAAUUGAAUUGGCAAUGUUACUUGGUAGUGAUUAUACUGAAGGUGUCUCCGGUAUCGGGCCGGUAUUAGCGAUGGAAAUCUUAGCAGAGUUUGGAAGUGUCAAGGAAUUCAAGAAAUGGUUUGAUAAAAAUACUCAAACCAUUGUUGAUGAUGCUACUAACAAUAACACUACUUUGAAGAAGAGUCUCCUAAGUAGAAUUAAGAAUGGAAAGUUGUUUUUAGCCGAAACGUUUCCUGAUUCAGCCAUUUCAAAUGCUUAUAAGCAUCCAGAAGUUGAUCAUGAUGAUACGCAAUUCAAAUGGGGUAUCCCUGAUCUUGAUCAAGUCCGUUCGUUCUUGAUGUAUAAUGUCAAAUGGUCUCAACAAAAGGUUGAUGAUGUUAUGGUUCCACUAAUUAGAGACAUGAACAAGAGAAGAACUAUGCAAACUACGUUAGAGGAGUUCUUCCCUCGGGAUUUGAUUCUGACAAGAAAGGAACUUGCUUCGGGUAAACGGAUAAAGAAAGCUGCUGCCAAAUUAACUAAAAAAUAA